AUGGAAUUUAGAUUAGCCUGGGCUACUGAUUAGUUAGUUUCUUUUAUUGUCCCUUUAAAAGAUUUGGUUACUUCGGUUCUCUUUUAUAUGUCUGAUUUCGGCAAUUUUAGAAACGCAUAAAAAUUUGUUUCCAAAAGUGCUACAUAAAAAAUAAUGUCUGGAUUUGUCAUGGCUAUUAUUCCUUCUAUCUUGAGAAUUAUUUAAUGCAUAAGGGCCAUUUACUUGGGUAUUGAGUAUUUCACCAAGCUUUUCUACGUUUUUACCUUCUUGCAUGUUUUAGUUUUUAAUAGGCUUUUUAGAAAUGUUAAGAAG